UUCAGGUCACCGACGUCAUGGGUGAAGGGCGUAUUUCUGGAGGCGACCUCCUUGACUCCAUGGGAGAUGAAGAGUCGUUCGCAGGCAUGCUCCUGGAAUCUGAACACUAGGAUGGCGUCGCUGGUGAAGACGGACCCGCUGAUGAGCCGAUGACCACCAUUCAGGUCACCGACGUCAUGGGUGAAGCCCUUGAGGAGGCUCAUGACAAUAAUCAGGCCCUGAUUCAACAGAUCGUUCAAGGCACGCAGAUUUUUCAUUUCUUCCGUCCCAUUUUUAACCUUUUUGCUCACCUGGAUGAGGUCCCCUCACCUAACGUCAUCCUCGCGUCACUAAGCCAGCAAUAUCUGAUCGCGCCAGGGUGGCUGCGCUUUGCCCUCGGCGACGACUUCCGGCUGGCGGCACACGGCAAUGCAGACCAGCUCACGCACUGCCGCAUGAUGACAAUGGCUCAGCUUAACCAACACGGCGUCUUCAAUGCAGAGCUCCGCUUCUACCAGAGAGGCGAUAGCGUACUUGGGAUUGACAUCAAGAUCCCAGAAGAACACAAAGAAUCGGCUGAGCUCCUGGACCUCUCGUACCAACAACACUCUCUGACGCUCGACGGCUAUGGGAUGGAGCUGGCAGAUGGCCUGGAAGUCGGCAUGGUUGAUGGACUUCAAGCAGCCGCUAUGGCUGACACCGAUCUCCUGGUCACGUCGAUCCGCAAUGCACUCAAGAUGCACAACAUAAAGCUGUGCGCCGCGUGGUCUCAGAUGCAAUCAUUUCGUGGAAACGUCGAGUGCGACAACGGGCAGAUUGGAACCAUCAUCUUCAUCGCCUCUCGCAUGCCCAGGUGGGCAGCCAUCAACGACAAGAAAUGCAUCAUGCCUGGGUUCUUCAGGCUGCCCUUCACGGGCAACGGGGCUUAUGUCGAAUCUUUUGACAGACCUUUCUGGUGCCCAGCAUGCACCUGGCGCGCAAGUGAACCUCACAGCGUCUCAACUGCAUGCAGGGAAGCGCAGGCGGCUGCAAGGAGGUUCAAUCGGCGGACUAAUCUCGCCGGCAUCCUCAACCUGAUGGACGGGCCGCCUCCGCAUCAACAAAUGGAAGAGAAACAACGAAGAGGGACAAGACCCCGCAAAGAUGAAGAUGGCAUUUCGUUUGCUCUUUGGACAACAACAUAA